AUGACCACUUCCACUCGACUGAAGUUGAAGCUCAUCAAUCCAAAGAACCGCAUCAAGCCAAACAACUUCAUUAUUCCAACACACGAUCAUCCCAUAUUUGUUUAUCAAGUCAAACAUUCUUCUCAAUCAACUACAAUCAAGAUGCCUUUUCAACCAAUUCCAUUCGAGACCAUCUUUCAAGAAGAGAUGAACAUUCUCCCUUCAAUCGAGCCACUUUUGAUGCCCUUGAGUGAAAUUUCAGAGUCCUUUGGCGUGACUGAGAUGCCCGGCUCUGAAAAGCUUCCACCACACUAUCGGGGCGAACGGCCAUUUGGAGAUUAG